UGGAACAAUUGCCUCAUACAUACAUACAUACAUACAUACAUAUAUAGAGGGCUAACUUCACCUGCAUCAUGUUGAUUUUUGUGCUGCCAACGCCUGUUUGGUUAUCCACCUGCGAGACAGCGACGUGGGCUUACUGUUCUAAUUUCAACCUCUCUUUCGGACAUCCUGUUUACGCUGCUAAUGCUAGUAACUAUUCCACUUGAACUGCAUAAUCUGAUGUUCUCCGACGUUCAGAAAAUGUCGAGCUGACAUUCUGUAAAAAUUCCAUACAAACACCACCCACCUGGAAAAAAGGACCUGUCAAGAUAGGUGACAAUGUCUUGUCGGGACAUCCACGCCACUAACGCUUUUGCGUUCUUCAUCGCCUUUGUGUCUGUGGCCGGUUUGACGGUGGCGGCAUUAGUCCCUCAGUGGCGAGUGACCCGUCUGGUCACCUUCAAUCGCAAUGCCAAGAACAUCAGUGUGUACGACGGGCUGUGGACAAAAUGCGUCAAGCAGGACAGCUAUUCGGGUUGUUACUACUUCGAUGCUGAGUGGUACUCUAAAGUAGACCAACUGGACCUGAGGUUAUUGCAGUUCUGCGUGCCUGCGGGUCUGGCCUUCGGAUCGCUGGCCUUGCUGUUGUGCAUGGCCGGCAUGUGUAAAACCUGCUGCUGCUCUGACAAGCCCGAACCGGACAUUAAGAGCGUCCGCUUCUUGGUGAACAGCGCCGGCUGCCACCUAGUGGCUGGCGCAUUCCUUUUUUUGGGCGGCGCCAUCGCGAUGGCGCCCUCCGUGUGGUUCCUGUUCGGUACCAAGGCGCUGAACAACCGAUACGACCACAUUUUCUCAGACGGUUUUGCUCCGUACGUGGCCAUUGGCUGCUCCGGGGGGCUGAUUCUUGCCGCCCUGCUCAUGUUCAUGUGGUACUGCAUGUGUAAGAAGUUGCCCUCGCCCUUCUGGUUGCCUCUUUCCUCGAUGCCCACCUCCGCAUCCAACCAGCCGCUCACGGCCAACGGAUUUCCGCCGUCGCCGAUUUACGCUUCUCAAGCAUUGCCGCCUCAGGCCUACCCUCCCACGGUGAUCGACACGCAGCAAUACGUGCCCGCGCAGGGCUACAUUCAAAGCGUGGCUGCCCCUGCGCCACCGCAAGUGUACAUGUCUCAGAUUUCUGCGCCUGAUGGUUACGGCUCAGAGGUGGGAGGAACACAGGCCUACAGCUACGCGCCCUCUCAGAGCUACGCGCCCUCUCAGAGCUACGCACCCUCUCAGAGCUACGCGCCCUCUCAGAGCUACGCACCAAGCUACACCGGCCACCGCUAUUCCACCCGCUCUCGGAUGUCUGCCAUUGAGAUUGACAUUCCUGUGGUGACACAGUAAGAAAUGUCCUUCCAGGACACAUUAAUAUUAUUACUCUCUAAGAGUGUCAGCUGAAAUUGAUAGUACUACUACAAUAGGCUUACUAAAUUGCCGAUCACAGAAGCAAACAUCAGUAGGGAGUUUUGGACUAAUUUCAGGAUAUGAAGGAAAAUGAACAAAAAGUCGCAGGACAUACAGCUGUGUGUAUGUUUUAGAACAAUACUUAAAUACAUUCCAAGAUACCAGCCAUGAAUGGUUACUGAGUGCCCACAAACUAACACUACACUGGAUGCCUAACCCUAACCAACUAUUGAUCGGUUUUCUGUUACAGUGAAACCUCUAAAGUCAAAAUCCUGCAUUCAGAAUUUUCAAUAAAAAUACAGAAGUACCUUGACUUGAGAGUAGCUGUAUUUUUGCAUUUGGUAAUUAAUCCGCGCCGACUGCACAAAACUCAACAGGAUGAACUAUUUCACUAAUUCAGUGACACCAGCUUUGUAAGCAACUUAUUAUGCAUCUUGGCAUUUGUUAUUUAAUCAGGUGGUUAACUUUACACUUGUCGGCGCUAAUGAAUGUUCAAAUAAAUGUUGCUUAUAAACAUUUAAAUUUUGACUUGGGGUUCCACUGUGGAUUAAAGUUGAUACUGUAUUUGGAGGCCUUUACAUUGAAUGCCAAUUCCUCUGCUGUUAUUAUAUUGAAUGUUGAAAAUUCACCGAUUGAUAGAAGGAUGAAGGUGCUCAUCAAUGCUACUAAAACACUGUAAAACUAAUUUGUCUUUUGUGUAACGAGUUGUCGCUCGUAAUGUUGAGCAAUGCACUAACUGAGUACUAAUGUUGAGUACCUAUUGUGCCACUUUACAAUGCCUUAAACUGUUACUGUUUUUGUGUGUGUGGUCGCUUGUGUAUUACUGUGUGGCUUGUACAGAAUGAUACUGGCAUAGAAAAAAAAAGGAAAAAAAAUUCAAACGUGGGAAGGAAAAUUGUCAGCAGAACAUUGAGAAGUUUCACACAUUCCUAAACAUAUUUUUGUAUUUCUUUUUAUAAUGAGCACAUUAUAGCACUGUUUUAUUUUUGGUUGUGUUAGUCAAAAAUGUUUUUAUACACUCAACUUUUUUGCUAUUAAACCUAACCAUUGUUUUGCCCUCAUAAAAUGACAAUAAUUAAGUCCCUGAUGUAUGACCUGCUCUAUGAUCUAAUAAGAAUCAAUCUUCAUGUACACAGUAGUCCCAAGAGAGGAGAAUGUCGGUUGAUUAAGCUCUGAUUUUAGCGCCUUGGUGUUUACUCUCGUCUUUGAAGUGAAGCGAAGUGCAGCUGGUAGCUUUAAACGCAGCAGUGUGCCUAUUUCAUACCACCAUUUAAAAAAUGUUUGCCGACUUCAGUGGCCGAUGAUUAAUAACAGUUUUGUUCAGGAAGCGCAGCACAAUGCGUUAUUGCUGACUGACCAGCAUCUCCUUUGUCUUGGCCGACGAAAACUACAUACUCAGACUCCGUGGGGUGUAUGCAAGGGAUGGGGAUUAAGGCUCUUAACACAGAUGGCUUUCAUAUGUUGUUUGGCUCGAAAGAGACGGGGCGGAGCUGGGGUUGCCACGGGAGACGGCAUCUCACUGAAGAUGCAGACUGCUGGCUGGCUCAUGAAUAUAAUGCAACCAAGUGUAGCGCUGCCUAUGCGUUUUCAGAAUGGACCACAGAAGACACCCCCUCCCUUCGAACCUUGUUAUCCAAUCGAUUGGCACUUCAAGCAAGCACCCCCUUAGUCACAACCUGCCACCAUCACCCCUUCUCAAAAAAUUUACCACGGCACCGGCACAAGCAACAUUUGUCCAUCCCCCACAUCAAGCUUCCUUUAUCCUCACUCACACCACCUCUCAUGCUUUGUCAGGGAAAGUGACUAUUAGCUCCCGUUUUACAAUAGCCACAGCUAAAUCAUAAAUUCAUAUUAUCACUGAAUCUUCACAAAAAAAACACUAAAGAAAUUGUAAUACUGAAUUUCAUUUAUUUACUCAAGGGUAGAUGGGGAAGACAUAUAUUUGGGAUAAUGAAUCGCACUUUUUUUCCCCCCAUAGUUUGGCUGGUCCUACGACUCAAUACCAGGGUCGUGCAGGGACCGAUGGAAGGGCAGGUGCUCAUAGAUCAAAAGGAGCCCAUGAGCAACAAUUUAAUACACCUUAAAACAAUACAACUUCCAGUUUAACUAGCUUUAUGGUGGUAUAUUUGGCUGUGACUGUGACAGACUUUAAUUAGGAGGGGGUAACAGUGAAUAGAAAUCAACACUGUCAUCAACACGUUCUGGCUACGACUAUAUCAGAACUUCCUUACUCGUUGUUCAUCUGAGGACAAACCAAAUUAGAUAUUCACUAAGCAGCCAGCACAGUUUUUUUCCAAAACUUAUUUCAUUAUUAGAGAAUUUAAAGAGGUGUACCUUUCUAGAUAACUUUGUGAAGAGAAUGGACAAAUAUUGUUGCCUAUAGAAAGUAGAGACACACGAAUCGAAAUAGCCUUGGGGUGGGGGGGU